UUACGUAUAAAUCAGUUCUUAUCAGAACUAAACAACUUAUUAUAUUGUUUAUCAUCCGUUUUUUCCAAUUUUCCAUUGGAUAUGGAUGAUGCUGUGCCGACCACGAGUAAGGCAGGCGCGGGAAUUACAUCGCCGUCGCCCCCAAGGAAACGAAAACAACUCAGUUUGGGGCAUUUGUCUCUGGCAGAAAAGCAAGCAAUAUUGAAUUUGUACAAGAAAAGCCUAGAUGAUGAACCUACUCUUAAAACUGUCCAACUUGUAUCCAAAAUAGCGAUGACAUUAGGUGUUGCAAAAUCAACAGUAUAUCGAGCCAUAAAACAGUAUAAAUCUACUGGAAGGGUGUCUACUUCCAAACACUGUGGUGGAAGACCUGGGAUUGUUACAUGUUUGGAUGAAGCAAUGAAGAAUUCCAUAAGGCGUAUAGUACACAGCUUUUUCUUUAAAAAUGAGAUCCCCACUUUGGACAAAAUAUUAACCGAAAUAAAAAGUCGUCAGGAUUUGCCACAGAUGUCCCGUUCAUCAUUAUACAAAUUUAUGAAACAAAUUAAUUUCAAGUAAGGUUGAAGACA